UGUACAGUGAACCUUUUGAAGCAUACUGAACGAUGUAAAUCUCAUUUACGUUUCUUCCAGGUUAAUUUUCUACAAGGAUGCUAAGCGUGGGUUUAGAAAAACACCUAAAAAAAUUGAACCCCGGAAAGUGGAGCCGGACGAAAAGAUUCUGAAAGACUUGGCCUCACGUGUGAAUCGGACAAGCAAAAGCAGCCUCACCCCGAUGCUGGAUGAGCCAGUCUUAUCUAAAUCAUCAUCACGCUCGUUUAGAAGGCUCGUCAGACCUUUUGUGUUUACUGUAGGGUUCACAGGAUCCUCAUUCGGGGUGGCAGCUAUCUGGCAGUAUGAGUCUCUCAAAUCCAGAGUUCAAAGUUACUUCAAUGACCUCCGAUUGGAUUGGUUGGAAAAGCAUCACCCGCCCAAAGCUGGCGAUAUCAGGAAACAGGUGAAUCAGUGGUGGAACAGCCUUACUGAGGGGCAGAAGACUGUCACAGGGAUUAUAGCAGCCAAUGCUUUAGUGUUCUGUUUGUGGCGAGUUCCAUCAAUGCAGCGGACCAUGGUGAAAUAUUUCACAUCUAAUCCUGCUUCCAAGGCGUUGUGCUUACCCAUGGUGCUGUCGACCUUCAGCCACUACUCAUUCUUUCACAUGGCAGCAAACAUGUACGUGCUGUGGAGUUUCUCUUCCAGUAUAGUCUCACUUCUCGGGCAGGAGCAGUUCAUGGCUGUCUACCUAUCAGCAGGUGUUAUCUCCACGUUUGCCAGUUAUAUGUACAAAACUGCAACUGGCCGCUUAGGAGCAUCACUUGGAGCUUCUGGUGCAAUAAUGGCUGUCCUCGCUGCAGUCUGCUCUAAAAUGCCUGAAGCGAAACUGGCCAUCAUCCUGCUGCCCAUGUUCACCUUCACAGCCAGCAGUGCUCUAAAAGCAAUUAUAGCUAUGGAUACAACUGGCCUGCUUCUGGGAUGGAGAUUUUUCGACCACGCAGCUCACUUGGGUGGUGCAUUUUUUGGAAUUUGGUAUAUCUUUUAUGGCCAUGAGCUGAUUUGGAAGAACAGAGAACCUCUGGUAAAAGUGUGGCACGACAUGAGGACUAAGGGUCCCGGGAGUGGAGGACGUGGCCCAUCCUAGUCAAGAAGUUGCACUUAGAAAGAAAAGUGACAUCCUCUAUGCUUUGGGACAAGCACAGGAGAGAAGCAAUAACCAAACACUGGGCCCAGCAGAAGUAGGAGUUUACAGCAGGACCCUGAAUUCAGGCAAAGCUACAAGCUGUGGCAAAUUUUUAACUUCUGAAGGAGUGUAUUUAGACUAUUUACAGGACUGUACAGAGAGAAAUAAACAGGAACAUUUGGAAGAAAAGGUUUUGACCAGACAUUUCUCUUCCUCACUGCAUUACCUGACCCCAACUCUCCAAAAAAAACUGACUUGAGACCAACUGUUAAAAAUCCAUCAGCUGCUCGAAGCACAUUUGAAUUUGAGACCAUCCUUUACUUUGCAAUGACAUAAAACAAAGAACUGCAGAUGCUGGAGGUUCUGAAACAAAAACAGAAAUUGCUGAAGAAACUCAGCAGGUCUGGAAGCAUUUGUGGGGAGAAAACAGAGUUAAUGUUUCGAGUUCGCUGAUUGUUCAUCAAAACAAUUCUGAUGAAGAGUCACAGCCAGUGCUGCCAGAUGUGCUAACUGUCAUCAGUUUCUGUUUUUGUUUCAUUUACUUUUGCAGUCUGUCCCUGGUCGAGUUAAACGGUGUGAUGUGAAGUUUGUCAAAUUACUUCCCACAAUAAAAAUCCAUUCCCUUAUCUGGAGAAAGAAUAUGUAAUGAAUGCUCAAGUUUUUACAGAUUAGGCAAGUGCAUCCAGCAUUUGGAAAUUAUUACCGCAAUUUAAAGUUCUCAAAGAUAACUAUUUCGACAUCCACAUAAGUUAUGUGUUUAUUUGGUUGAUACGGAAUGUAUUAGGGAGACACAAGCCCAUUAGCUCAAGUCUAGAGCUCUCAAGUCCAGAUCCAUAUGUGACCAAAGUGCACACAGUGGUACCACUGGUAUUUAACCAGCAAAAUCCAUGCAAGCUUACCACAUCGUGGGCCUGGUAAAUUCCCACUGCUAGUCUGCAAGCUAGGUCCCCGAGAACUACUAGGCCAUUGUACUGAGAAGUUCUCUGAAGCCAAGUAGGAAGAAUCUCAACUCCACUGUCAGGUUUAAAGGGCGGCAGACUAUUAAGAUCCCAGUUUUAAUUAUUGCUUUGGUACACAGAACGUUUUGGUCAAUUGUCAAUCAUUGUUUAAUGGUUAGGGACAGAGGUUUGUAGUUUGCCACUAUUAUGGUUCGAAGUCUGAGACUUUUGCUGCCAUGGUCUGUUUCUGGUGAGUGAACAGCAUAACUGUCAGACCUGUGCACCUUUGUGCAAAGGAUGACUGGAUUUCUCAAUGACUGACAGGGGUAUUAUGGGCUUGUGUCUCUCCCCAGUUAGGGAGGUGGUUCACUUUACCACAUUGCUCCCACCAUGUUGCAUUUUAAAUCAGAAAUGUUCAGUGAGCUUUUUGAUGCAAAUAAACUUCUCACCUUCA